GUGCCUCACACCUUCCUGAACCUGAAGGAGCCAUUUUAUGUGGGGGGAGCCCCUGAUUUCAGCAAGCUGGCUCGAGCAGCCGCCAUCUCCACAAGCUUUGAUGGAGCUUUGCAGAGGAUCUCCAUCAAGGGGGUGCCUGUGCUGAAGGAGCAGAACAUCCGCAGCGCCAUCGAGAUCUCCCCUUUCCGAGGCCACCCCUGCACCCAGAAACCCAAUCCCUGCCAGAACGGAGGCAUUUGCAGCCCCCGGCUAGAGAGCUACGAGUGUGCCUGCCAGAGGGGCUUCUCCGGGGCUCACUGCGAGAAAGUGAUCAUUGAGAAGGCUGCUGGAGAUGCAGAGGCCAUUGCUUUUGAUGGUAGGACAUAUAUGGAGUACCACAAUGCCGUGACAAAGAGCGAGAAGGCCUUGCAGUCAAACCACUUUGAACUCAGCAUCAAAACAGAAGCCACUCAGGGGCUGAUCCUGUGGAGUGGGAAGGGGCUGGAGCGAUCGGACUACAUCGCCCUUGCCAUAGUGGAUGGCUUCGUACAAAUGACCUAUGACCUCGGCUCCAAGCCAGUCGUCCUACGAUCCACGGUCCCUGUCAACACCAACCAGUGGAUUCACAUCAAAGCAUACAGGGUACAGAGAGAAGGUUCCCUUCAAGUCGGCAACGAAGCCCCCAUUGCUGGCUCUUCUCCGCUUGGUGCAACGCAGCUGGAUACAGAUGGGGCCCUGUGGCUAGGGGGAAUGGAGAAGCUGAGUGUGGCUCACAAGCUGCCCAAGGCCUACAGCACUGGCUUUAUUGGCUGCAUAAGGGACGUGAUUGUCGACCGCCAAGAACUGCAUCUGGUGGAGGACGCUUUAAACAACCCCACGAUAUUACACUGCUCAGCCAAAUAGACCCCCAGGGACCCUUCCUUCUCCUUCCCUCCCUCCUGCCUAUUGCUGUAAUUAUUUUCUAUUUUUGUAAACUUAUUGCUUUUUAUAUUUUGGGGGGAGGGGGGAAUGGGAGGGGAGGAAACACCUUUUCUUUUGGGUUAUUUGUUCGGUUGCAGUCUAUCCAGGUCAGUCAGACUCUAAUCAAACAGCAGCAACAAAGAACAAACCUUGAACCAAGUCUCCAAGAAGUGACAGAAGAACUUCCCCAUUGCACCGGCAUUGUAAAUCUUACUCAUACUUGAAGCUUCUUUUUGGGUUAUUUUUCCCCCUCCUUACUUGUGUUCUUGGGUUGUUGUUCAUGCCCGCGGGGGGAAAGGAUGCUGG